AAAACCCUAAUCUUUUUUACUCAUUGCUCUGCAUAAGUCCAAUGGCUGCUGCAAUAGCCUCUCCGGCGGCUAUUAUUAACGGUCAAACUUACAAGUCUUCAGUAUCAAUCACCAGGGCCACGUGUCCAUUUCAAGUGUCGUCUUCUAUAAAGCUCUGCUCUUUUCUCGGCAAUUCUCGUCAGACCACCAGUGAAAUGUUGACAAGCUUCAGUGCCCGAGGUUCUCAGUUUCUACCAAGGUUUCUGUGUCCUGUAUCUUGUGAAGUUGAGGGAGAUGCCAAGAAACAAAGGCUAGAAUAUGCCGUUAAAUUGAAAUCGGGUGAAUCAACCAAUAGGCAUGUAUUGGAUAUCCAAAAUUCAGUCUCAUGCGAAUGGAAGAAGACGCUGAGAAUGGAAAGAAAUCCCAAGCGUCUCAACAAUAGUGCAUCACAGAGGAACAAAAUCGAAUAUUACCAGGUCAUCCAAUAUCCUUUGAAAACUGAGUCUACAAUGGGGAAUAUAUUACGUCACAAUACUUUGGUUUUUGUUGUUCAUAAAGACGCUGACAAGAAGAGCAUAAGGGAUGCUGUAAAGAAGCUGUUUAAGAUUGAAAUGAAGAAAAUAAAUACAUCAAUCAUGCCUGAUGGGACAAAGAAAGCAUAUGUUGUGCUGACACCAAACCAUAGUGCAAUAGAUGUGGCAAAAAGAAUCAAAGCCAUUUAAAUAUUGGUUCUCCUUCUUCAUUUGCAUGCCAACCUGACAUUUGUAUAAGGUGCGGGAAUUAGAAACUAGAAGCUUAUGAUUUAUACUUGUAUGCAGGUGAUCUUAUGCUGCAAUGGUCUCUAGUUUUUAUAGGUAUAAUCUUCUAGUUUCAACUUAAUUUUGACCGCUUCCAGGAAGUAAGAGUGCUCAAUCAUUGCGGUUUGGCUAAACGUUCCUGUAUGCAUAUACGUCUUGGUUCAACGACUUCAACCUUUCCCCCAAAAUUUUGGGAAAACUAAUAAUCUGUGGGAAAUCAUAAGCUUUCAAGCUUACAUCCAAAUACUUGAUAACAGUAGGAUCAGCUUAUAACAGUUCCCCUAUUUCUGUUUUCUCCUGUAGGUUUGUCAAGCUGAUGACAUGGGAGCCAUUUGACUCUUCUACAAAAAGAUGUAUAAAAAACAGGAUUAGUUGAGUAACGCAGAGAUUAGUUGAGUAAGCUUACAUUCUUUUUUAAAUGUGACUCUUCAUUGUAAUUGGACUGAUGUUUUUUGGAUUCAUUGCAAAUGCAAUAAUGCAGAGAUUAGUUGGGGAAA